CGAAAGACUGCAUUAUCUGGGGAGGGUAAAUCUGGUUAGGUUAUUAAAAACCGGAAGGGGCGCUGUUGGUUCCGGAGAGUCUUCUCAGUACAACUUUUCAUUACCUCAUGGGAUCAGCUCAGAGCUGUGAAGAAGGCAACCCUUCCGAUGAUCUUCCGAAGGUGAUAAAGAUUGAACGAAGUGAAAUACCGGAAGAAUACAAGACAGUCGCGGUAUCACACGAUGUUGUGGAUCAAAUUUUGAGUUUGGGAAAUUCGGAAAGUGGGAAUGUCAACGAUUUGAGGAAACAGUUGGCUGAGGAACAAGAACUGAAUCGCAAAUUGCGUGAACAAGUGAAAAAUCUUUCAGAGGCGAAGUUCUCAUUACAAAAAACAACAACUGAGAAAAUCUCAGUAGCUGACUUGCAAGCACGAAAAGAUGCAUUUGAUGAGACAAUGGAACGAAUUGAAAAACAGUACUUCUCUUAUCACCCGGAAAAUGUCUGUAAACCGAUUGAGACUGAUUUAAUGGAAUGCAUUAUGAAAAAUAAAAACAAGUUACUAAAUUGUGCAUCGUUUGCGGUGGAUCUGACGAAAUGUACCAGUGAUUUCCGUGAAAAAAUUUUGAAAGAAGUAUCACAUUUAUAAUAUGCAAAAAAUUAUUGUUAAUUCGUUUCGAAUCCAUAUUUUUUAGCUUUUGGACCAUUUUUUGUUUGUGUUGAUUAUUUGACCCUGCCAUUUUUUUCCAUUGUAGUUAAGGUGCUAGCCAAAUUAUCUCAAUACGAUUUUAUCAAUUCACAUUUCACUGGUGACAUUUUUUUCGUGUAUAAUACGAACGGAUAAAGCAGUCGGUAUAUAGUGUGAGCUUGAAAGUGA